UUUGUUAUCAGUUAUUGUCACGAAAAAGCAGUCAAAUUUGAUGAACAUCACUUACGUAAUCCAACUUUGUCAAUAAAUGGAAAUGUGUUUGUUUCAACAUUACUUUCUUUCACAAUUCCUUUUGUUUCUUUACAAAAAUGCAACAAGAGUUAUUUUUACCGGUUUCGAAUAAUUUUGAAAAAUUAUUUUUGUCAAAAAAGGAUUAUGAUGUUAUUAUAAAAGCUGGAGAAGAUAAUGAUCAAAGAGAAAUUUACGCUCAUUCAAACAUUCUUCGCUGUCAAUCAGAUUAUUUUGAUACAGCUUUUUCUUCUAAUUGGGCUGAAAAAAAGGAUGGAAAGUAUUUUUUUAAGAAACCAAAUAUUUUGCCACAUAUUUUUGAAAUUAUUAUAAGAUAUUUAUAUUGUGGUCAAUUAGACUUAAAUGUCAAAAAUGGGCCAGAUACCUUAAAAUUGUUAGUUGCUACAGAGGAACUUGGUUUGAAUAUACUCAGCGAAUAUAUCCAAGAAUUUUUAAUUAAACAAAAUGAUCCUAUUGGAAUUCUUGAAGUAGCUUUUCAACAUGAAAAUUUUACAACGUUGAGAGGUUAUGGCCUAGAAGCGAUCUGCCAAGAUCCAUACAUUUUAUUUGGAACUGACAAAAUAUUAUCAUUGCCUGCACAGAUAUUGGAAUCAUUACUUAAACGAGACGACCUUGUACUAGAUGAAAUUGAAGUAUGGAAUAAUUUGAUCAGAUGGGCUCAUGCACAACAACCUACCGUUAAUAAGGAUCCUUCCGAAUGGACUAAAGAUGAAUUAACUUUAAUGGAGAGGACGCUAUUGAGAUUUAUCCCAUUAAUUAGAUUUCAUGAUAUUACCUCUGAAGAAUAUUAUGACAAAGUAGUACCAUAUGAUGAUUUGCUACCAAAAAAACUAAAAAACGAGAUCUUGAAGUUUUACUUGGUUCCACAUGCAAAACAGAUAGGAUCUCUACCAUCAAGAAUUGCUGUUAGUACUAUUGAUUCUGUUCUUAUAAAUUCAAAACAUUUAGCAUUAUUUGCAGGUUGGAUAGACAAAAAAGACAAAUCUUUGAAAAUGAUUCCUUAUGAAUUUAAUCUUAUCCUUCGUGCUAGUAGAGAUGGCAAUACAGCAGCAGCAUUUCAUAAUAAAUGUAAUAACAAAGGAGCAACUAUUAUAGUUAUUAAAAUUAAGGGAACUAAUCAAAUAGUCGGUGGAUAUAAUCCGCUUGAUUGGGAAGGGAAUGCUAUCUACAAAAAUACCCAAGAUAGUUUUAUAUUUAUUUUUAACGAUUAUAGAGAUAUUAAUACGGGUAAAAUUGGAAGAGUAAUUGAUGCUUCUCAUGCUUUGGUUCCUAUCCUAAUCUCAAUAUUCCAGAGAGUUUUGAAAUCGAUGAUUAUGAAGCAUUUCAGGUGGUUAAAAAAUAGGUUUUAAUAUGUUAAAAAGAACAAGCAAGUUUUUUCCCAUAAAAAUUAACAGUAUGUACUGAUAUCAUAGUCAUAGUAUAAUAAAGGCAAGACAUUAAAUUAAAG